CGUUGGUUGGAUAUUCACACGUGAUGUAGGAUGCCAAUACCAUUGAGGCUUGAAACCUCCAACGCAAUGACGACGUCGACGAACACAGCGCCAGACGAACGCGCGACGCUGCUGUACAAGCCACAUGAUGACCCCAAAAUCAAGUGGGCACAACCGUGGCUGGCGCACCUGAACUGGAUUCCUCACUACAAUCUUCGCCGUGACCUGAAGCUCGACCUCAUUGCCGGGGUCACCGUGGCCAUGAUGAUCGUGCCGCAAGAGAUCUCUCUCGCCAACAUCAUGCAUGUCCCUCCGCAGUACGGCUUGUACACUGCCGCCUUGACGCCGGUACUGUACGCGCUCUUUGGCUCGUCCCGCGUGCUCUCGGUGGCCAACGGGGCCGAAGUCAGUCUCAUGGUCGGCGCGGCGCUGCAAAACAUCAAGACGGACCAAGAACGGGUGGCCGUGGGGAUCUUUUUGUCGUUUUACAUUGGUCUGAUCAACUUGACGCUGGGGUGUCUGCAGCUGGGCGUGAUUGCCGACUUCUUCUCGCGGCCAGUCAUGGGCGGGUUCCUCUCUGGAGGCGGCGUGCUCAUCAUGAUCUCCCAGCUCGGGUCGUGGUUCCAGCUGACCCUGCCGUCGACAUCGUAUCCACUUGAAACGGUGGUGAACCUGUGUCGCCAGAUCCGCGACUGCAACACCAACUCGGUGGUCGUGGGGGCCGUCUCGAUCGUUGUGCUUUCAGUGAUGAAGUACGCCAAGCAGCAUUGGAUCCCAGCCCCCAAAGUCUCGCACUUGUUCGAGUCCACGAGAAAUAUCAAGUGCACACGAGCCGGGGAAUCGUUAGUCUCUCUCACCGAAGAGCCAGAUGCCCCUGCCCAAUUGCCAGCGUGGGGUUUUUCCCUGAAUGACGACGACUUUGUAUCGUUGGACGAACAAGCCCCCGCUAAACCACCGAUCUGCUCGAACAAACGACGCAAUGUGCUCUUGUUUCUCCUCCGAACGUGCUGCGACUUGGGGCCGUUGGUCGUGUGUUUGAUUGGAAUUGUCGUGGGCCAAUUUCUAGGGGAAUCAGAGGUCAAAGUCAUCGGCCAUGUCCCUCGGGGCGUACCUGCGCCAGUGUUGCCGUGGUAUGGCUACGCCACUGGCAUCAUCCAGUCCGUGGACUUUACCACGUUGACCGUGCACGCUUUGUCCAUGGCAUUGAUUGUAUACAUGACAAGUAUCGCCAUGACCAAGCGGUUGGCCCUUCGAGUUCACUCGGACGUCAAUUCUAGCCAAGAGUUGAUUGGGCUCGGUAUGGCCAGUGCAUUGGGUGCGUUCUUUCAAGUAAUGCCGCCCACGGGAGGUAUGUCCCGCACGGCUGUCAACAUGCAAGUGGCUCGCACGCAGCUGGCGUCGACAGUGACUUCUCUUUUGGUCGUUUUGAUGCUCAUGGUGGGCAUGGAUGCGUUGUACUUUUUGCCCAAAGCGAGCUUGGCCGCCGUGAUCAUCGUUGCGGGGUUCUACCUCGUUGAAAUUCACGAAGCCACGUGGCUGUUCCACUCGAAACGAGACGAAUUCUUCGUCUGGCUGGCGUCCUUUGCGGCCACCAUUGGCAUGGGUAUCCUGCCUGGCCUGGGGGUGUCCAUUCUUUGCUCGCUGGUAGCAUUGAUGAUCCAGACAAAGCGACCGCUCGUGUACGCGUUGGGUCGAUCUCGUUCGUCUGGGGCGUAUGUAAACACUCGCGAGAAUGCCGAUGCGAUUGUCGACGCCGACAUCGUGGUCGUUCGGGUGCAAGGGUCGUUGUACUUUGGAAACACCGACUAUGCGAUGCAAAGGAUUCUCUCCCUCCAUCAUGACGUGGCGACUGCCGUGGUUCUAGACGCAACCUACAUCCACGACAUGGAUGCGACGACGUUGGGGGGAUUGGAGAUGCUCCACAUGAAGCUCGCCCAGCGAGGGGUUCACUUUGCAGUGGCGAAUGGUCAACCCCGUUUGGCAAACAUACUCCAAACAAGUGGUGUGUGCGCGAAGCUAUCACUUGCGGACGUAACCAGCUCCGUCGACGCAACCAUGGCUCGGCUGCGGGCUACGGUGGUGGCUGUUGCUGCUGGCGUGUGAUGGUCUUAUCCCUUGUUAAUUAACCAAUAUUUUGCACUGGAG